AUGGAUCUUGUCAACGAUGCUGGACUCCUAGGCUGCAAACCUUCAUCAAGACCAAUGGAUUCCACAAAGAAACUUCAGUUGGAUUUUGGAACUUUAAUGGAGGAUCCAUCAAAGUACAGGAGGUUGAUUGGAAGACUCUUGUACUUGUGUAUUACUAGGCCUGACAUAACGUAUGCAGUGCAUAAAUUGAGUCAAUUUGUCUCAAAACCGUGCGUGGGUCAUUGGAAUGCAGCUGAAAAGGUACUGAGAUACUUGAAGAAAACCCCAGGUCAUGGACUUUUCUAUUCAAGCAGUAGUAAACCUACAAUAAGUAUCUUCUCAUAUGCAGAUUGGGCAGCAUGCCCCGACACAAGAAAAUCCAUGACUGGUUAUUGCUUAUUCUUGGGAAACUCUCUGAUUUCAUGGAAGGCCAAGAAACAAAAUACAAUAUCCAGAUCUUCUGCGGAGGCUGAGUACCGAGCCAUGGCUCAAGCUACUUGUGAGGUUGUAUAG